CGAUCGCGGCCGCUGAUGUGUCUCGCGGCUCCUCCCUCAGUACUAUGAGCCCCAUCCGCGAAAGCCAUCGAUAUUCGUCGGCAAUUCCCCAUAAAAUAUCCUGCCCACACGUCUCGUCGCGUUCGCAGCAUCGCGAGAAUUUUUUUUCAUCAUGAAUUCGCGAAGUGGCAGGCGGUAGUGACAAGUGCCUCGGCAAUGUGCAGUUAAAAAAAAUUCAUAUUUUUUUAGUUCAAUAUUUUUGCCCAAUCGCGACAACUAUCCAGUCUAUUUUCAUCAAUUAAAAAUGUCCAUGAAGAAAGAAUCUCCGUGGGACGUGGAGCUGCAUCUGUCAGCGGCACGUGGUGACUCGAAACGUCUUCGGGUUCUCCUUGAGUCGGGACGGGUUCAUAUUGACUGUAAAGAUAAGGACGGCACGACCCCGCUCAUAUUGGCGGCCGCUGGGGGCCAUAUUGAAGCUGUAACCGAGCUAUUACAACAAGGGGCGGAUCCUAAUGCCAAAAGGCUGACUUCAACAACAGCUCUAUUUUUCGCAGCCCAAGGGGGCUUUGUUGACGUUGUUAAUUUAUUAAUUGAGCACGGAGCAACUGUCGACUCCUGCAGCAUCGACGGCGGCACCCCUCUCUUCGUGGCAUGUCAAUGCGGUCAUCUGGAUGUUGUCGAGAGCAUGAUCGAGAGGGGGGCGAAUGUUAAUGCGCAUAUGAAGGACGGAGCGACAGCGCUAUUUAUAGCGUCUCAGAACGGUCACGUGCGGAUUCUGGAGGUUUUGCUGGAGCACGGGGCAAAGACCGACGCUGCGAGAACCGAUGGGGCCACACCACUGUGGAUUGCAGCGCAAAUGGGACACGAUCAUGCUGUCAGAAGGCUCCUCAAGGCUGGGGCCAAGGUCGACGCCACGAGACACGAUGGGGCGACACCGCUAUUCAAGGCGUCUCAUAAGGGCCAUACGGCGGUUAUUGGGGAGCUGCUCAAGUAUCGGCCGUCCCUAGGAAUUCUUCCGAACGGUGAAAGUGCACUGCACGCAGCAGCCUUGACGGGACACAUGACCGUGGCAAGACAAUUGGUGGGGGCUGGCGCCGAUCCACUUUUAGUCAAUCAGGAGGGACUUACGCCCCUUCAACUAGCACUCAGGCAUUCGCAGGGGCAGGUCGCCAAUUAUCUCAAGGACAGAGUCAGGUCGAGAACUGCAUCUCGCUGAUAACAACUGUCUGAGCACAAUUUUUCAAAAUCGAAAAAAAAAAAUUUCCUUUCGCCAAUUUAAAAAUUUUUAUUGUGAAAAAUUCGAAAAAAAAGGGCAAUUUCACUAGAAAGAUCGGAAAAUUUACCCACAGAUUGAAAAAAAAAUCGACCCUCUGCGGCCUUUAUUUCUCGAAAUAUUCAACAAAAUGUAUUUCAAAAUUAUUUCGUUUUUUGGCUGUAUCUCGCGAAAUAAUGGGGCAAAAUGGGCGAUUUUUUUUUCAAUAUUCCUUAAAAUUCUCCGAUCUAACGAAUGCAGUUGAUUUUUUUUUGGAAAAAAGCCCCUGAAAAAAAGUGGUUAAAUCGAAAUUGAUGAUUCAACGGGAAUUUUCUAAAAAUAAAAAUGAAAAAGCGGGCAAAUGAUGUUUGACGCUUGACGACGAUGAUUUGCACCAUUUACUUUCAUGAGAUGUGUGUCAGAGGUCGAGGAGACCAUGAAAUCUGUAAAUACGUGAGGACAGUGAUGACAUCUAAAAAAACCGAUAUUUAUUAUGAAAAUGUCAUUCCCCGAGAGAAUGUAAAAACCGUCCUCAAGUUUUAGCACAACUUCAUCGUUUUUAAUACUUUAUUGAGACUGUAAAUGCCUUAGGAGUCGUAUUAAAGUGUUCAUGGAGUACGAGGGACGUUGAUUAAUGCGAAAAGAUGAUUGAAAUUUCAAAUUUUUGGAGAAAUUUGGAGAGAGAAUGAAAUUGAUUUGUUAAUGAGCGAUUUCAGAGAACAUUUCGAGGACAAUUUUUCAUAAAAUCACCCAUUAAAGAGAUCAUUUCGAAAUUAUGAAGCGUUGGGAAUAAAUUUUCGUGGGAAAUUUAAUUUUCUGUAUAAAGGAGUGAGGUAGAGACGAUAAUUUCUAGACAAUUAAAUUUUCUAUUAAAAAUGUGAUGGACAAAAGAGAUUUUGUCCAUCACUUCUCAGCAAAAAUAGUCGCGAUGAAUCAUUGAAUCUCAUUCCUCAUUACUGAAUUCAAUUUUAUUGAAUAAUAAGCAACUAUUUUUCCAGUCUUCCUACUAACUUAUCGUGGAUAAAUGCAUAAUGUUUGUUAAUUGUUAUAAAGUUGUGAACGAGAGAAAUAAAAGAAUUCUAUGAAUAAAUUAUGCCAUUGAGAAUGAA